ACGAGUUAUUUACGAAUAUUAUACGCCAUGCGCUCAAAUGGCACACGCACAUAUCUUUGUGUAAAAGUAUUUCAUUUGUAUACUGACAUGUUGUAGAUUUGUUAGAUUGCGCGAAAGCAUUAUUUGCCGUAUUCAAUUCAUACAUGAAAUUGGUUCUACAGAUAUUUGCAUUCAACGCUACAUAAUGUCCAUAUCAUUUCAAGAUGUUGGUGAGGAAAGGUAUCAGGCUGACGAGAAAAAUGAGUAUAUCGACCCUGCAUUUCUGUUCGACGUUUCGCCAAGCACGAAAUUAUUGCACCAAGAACAAACGUUGGACAAUCUGGAAGAUUUUCCACGCAUGCACUUGCAUUCGUUCGGUAAAAACUCUCGGCCCGCUUCAUCGCAUUCUGAAUACAUACAACCAUUCUCAGAAAAUCGUAUGAAAUCUAAUGUUAUCAACGACAUGAAGAUGUUAAGCGCCAGCCAUGGUGAGGUAACAGGCAUGAAGAAGGAACAUGAUUUAUUAAACCGACAAAAAGAGAUGAGAAGGCAGAUGUUCAAAGAUGAUGUUCAGCUCAGGGACUAUCUGGCAAAGAAAGCAUUUUACACUACAUCUACGCAAAGGCUGUAUGAAGGUGCUGACUGGGAUGAAAGAAUUACCAGCUCACAACUUGCACCAAAAACUAGUAAGGAAGUUCAUGCUGAUCCUGUCUCUUUUCGAGUCGAGUCAAAGCUAUACGCACCAAACGUCGAAGGAUGGCAGCAAUUUGGGAGCCGUCCCUUUUCCUGGGAUUACGUUCAAACAAGAAAUAGACAUUGCUUACCUGGGCCAGUUCGUUUCUGUUCAUCCACUAAGAAGACUGCUCAUAUACCAGGAUACACAGGACAUGUUGGAAGUGGACCAGACGAGAUGGACGAUAAGAGAAUUUUAUAUCACUCACAAAACAGACAGAGAACAAUGCAGCCGAAAUACGCAACUGCUGGCAGAAAAGGAAACAUUCCCGGAUACACAGGCUGUGUUCUCUUCAGCAACUACGAUCCCGCUGGUAUUAAUGAUCCCGAACAUCAACGAAGCACAACAAGACUUACGUACAGAUCUCACGAAGAGUUUCUAAGCGAAAAUAAUUCUGCGUUCAAAAAAUCUUCACCGAUGUCCCGAAUGGUUACGCUUACUCAUCCCUUCAACCCAUUUAAUAAAGUUCAUUAAAUGAUUAAAUGAAAUAAAGAUUAUAAAUAUAAUUACAUUGCGUCAGUGGCAAAAGAAUACUAUGCUUUUACCCAUUAAAAUUUUUUCAUAUCAAA